GUGUAUGUAUGUGUGCGUGUGUGUGCGGCCGCGGCAGUGCGAGGGACAAGAUCUUCAGGUGUGCGUGUGUGCGGAAAAAGCCUAAGGAUACGGAGAUACAUACAUACACAAACACACCUAAAAGCACCAUGUUGAAGUCCCUUGCGUUGGUUGUGGUGUUACUGGCGGGGGGAGUGACGGCGGCGGAUGGAGUCGCAGAGCAGGACCAAAUCUACAUCGUCGCGGGAGUGCUGGGCGGUGUGUGUCUGCUCCUCACCAUAGCCACCAUCUUCACCACCCUCGCCAUAACCAAACUCCAGACGCAAGUGGCAGUACUGCAGGCGGGGAGCUCCAGACCAGCACCACACGAUAACAGUAACCCUCUUAGUGCUAGUGGUGGUGGUUUGGGUAGAGACAUAAGCCAGCCAGACCUGCACCAGAAGCCGCCGCCACAAAUGGGUCUGCCGAGGAGUGAAGGGCUGCCCAGGAUUGACAGGCCGGCCAGGAGUGAGGGUGUGACCAGAUACAAUUCAGGCCAGCCCGAAGACCCUUAUCGAGCGCCCCCGAGGGAGAGGGAGAACAUCCGCAUGCAAGGAUUUAACCCAACGCAUUACUACGACAACAUGGGGUACGAGAUGAGCGGACCCGCCCCUCCACCUCGCCCAUACCGUGGACCCGCGGCAGCAAGGGACAACUACUACUGAGCCCCUCCCGUUCCUCGCCCUCCACCAGGAGACUUCAGGCAGGGGUGUCCUUCAUCCCACCCGGGUGAUUGAUAAAUCCUCUACCGACAAUGACAACGCAGCAGGAAAAAAAAUAAUAACAUCAAUUGUAAUGUGAGGUAAAAUAAAAAUUCAUCUAGCAAAUAAGUGCAUCAUAAAUAACAGCAGACUUCCUCGGCUAAAUUCGUGAGAGGAAAUUACAUGCGCUGACGUCAGUGCUUCCCGAGUGACUGUGACGGGAUUCCAAAGACUUUUUUAUGCUUAACCCGGUAGCUGUGGGGACCAUGUUUCUCUAGGCUCCUCUAAGCAAAUUAAUGAGAAAAAAAUCAUCGCUCAUACAAAUCAUUAUAUAAUAGAUAACAACGCAUUUGUAAUCAAUUGGUGCAUCCUCUAAUUUUUGGGGGUUUAUGCUAAGACAAAAAUUUGGCCCGUCACUGGUACGAGGUAAAGCCACAAAUUUGGCCUGUUGCUGUUACCGGGUUAAGUGUAGUAUCUAAUUCAAGUGUCCUUUACCCUGCCACAAGAAGCUCUUAGUGGGUGUGAGCAGUGGUGAGCCCCGCCAUGGGAAGCUGAAGCCACUCAAGACCCAAGUAAAAUAUCGUCCUUCGUUGUUACAAAAUCCACUGUUACGAGAUGGUGCACGAACCUGGUGGUGAUGCUGCACUCACCUAUUUUUGUAUCGUAUCACUUUUCUUGGUAUACUAUUUUCUUCAGUGUUUUCCUUCCAUACUUUUAUAUACCUAGAAACUUUAAACAUAACAGAACUUUGGGAAUACUUGGUAAUAAGCCUCUCAUGUAAAAAACUGACCUGUAUUUUAGCUCCACACCUCAGUCAAUACAUCUUAAACAUAGCCUGUACAAAUUUAAUAUUUAUAAUCUAGAUGUAAUAAUUGUUUCAUUUUUUUUCAAAGCACCAAACCCCUUGGGCAAGUAUUUAACAAGUUAUGAACAACGUUGCCAGGCUAUCGUACUCUGCCUCUUGUGUUUGCCGAUUUCUGACGCCAAAACUGCCUUCAUAUAUGGUUAUCGUUUAUAUGGUUAAUUAUUGGUGUUUCUUGGCAACAGUUAUGGGCCUGAAACCAGUAAAUACCUGGCUCUGAGUACGAUAAUCUGGCAACUGUGGUUAUGAACAGUAUCGCUGCAUCAUGACUUGCAUAAGCUAAGACACUAAUGUAAAUUCGAGCAAAUAAUGAUUUACAAAAUUUGA